AUGAAGUAUCUGACGGCGCUGGCACUUUGCCUGGUCCUCGGCGUCUCUGCAAGGCCCGGACAAUUCCAGCACCAAGACGCCGAGUUCAGCGAAGACGUCGAGCACCUCAUCCAAAGGGCCAGACAUCCGCCUCGCGCCAACGACGCUGUUGUCAGGUUUUUCAGCACCUUCCCGCGAAUCUUUGGAAUGAAAAUUUGCAGCGAUGAGGACAUCGACAUGAUGUUAAAGGCGAUUCUGGAAAGCCCGGUGCCAAUUUUCGGCCGCGGCUCGCUCAAGGUGUUCCCGCCAAGAAAACCGUCUUCUUCGACGCCGAAUACUGUAAACCCAUCCACCGAGGCUCCGGUCGUCAUUGUCGAGCCGAGUUAGUAGUAUCGGGUGGUCGAAAUAUUUUUGCGGGGGUUUUUAAAGGCGCAUAAGUCUUGGAUAAUUUCGAAAAUGGUAGAUUUUUGAAAAAUCAGGCGGAGACGUCCCUUUUUUGGUAAUCUGUGUCAAUAAAUUCGACUUACUGUGAAUUUUUUUAUCAUGAUUUUUUUAUUUUUGAAAAAAAUUUACUCAACAAUAUCCAUUUUUUUCUUCAAAGAUAGUCAUAAAUUGAACAAAAAUGCUCAAAAAAAGUGAGCUAGGAUACUAAUAAUUAUUAUAAAAAUAUACAACAAAAAAAUUUAAAAAGAGGUUUUUUUACCCUUAAAAAGCAAAAUUGAUCCCCCGUGAAGCUAUUCAUAGUAUUCAUGUCUCUUUACCCUAAGGAUUUUUUUGAACAUAUUUCAAUUUAUACUAUAGUAAUGGAUUGGAUUUUCAGCUUUCGUCGAACGGACCAAGAAGACUUUGGAAGAAGACGUCGAAAUGUUGAAGGGCAUGUAUGCCAAUGUCCGCACCGACAUUGACACUUGGAUGGUGGGAAUUUCUAUCAAGGAAGAAGAAUAAAUUUUUUGCCGAUGAUUCUUUUUACCGUCGGAAUAGUUUUUCGCUCACUUUUAGGGAAUAAUGGCCGAGGAAAUUAUUUUUAGACAAGGUUUUUCAGCCUGUGUUCAUUGUUUAAAUAAGAAAAUUAGCUCUAGAUAGUCUUGUAAAAAUUUUUUUCAAUAUUUUUGGCGAAAAAGUUCAGUCAAAUCUUUAUUGUUGUGAGAAAGUUUUCUAUGUAAGUUGCUUAUCAGGAUUUUUUUACUUGAUGUUUUGCAAUUUUUUUAAAUUUUUUUCACUGUUUUUGUAUAACAAAAGAAGUCCAGUAUCGUCAUGAAAAAAAUAGCGACUCCGACGAAAUUUUCUAAUUUUUCAUGUCUUAAAAACUCUUUCUUGAUGUAUUUUUUUGAAAAUUUUAUUGGCUUGAUAAUACGUAAUCCUCAAGGCGAAAAAAACUAUUUUCAUAUAGUAAAGAAAAAGAAUCAAGAAUUUAAACCGAUAUCUCGCGAUUAAAAAAAUUAUUUGUAAAGGUAAAACUUGCGCACGUUUUGACUAUGUGUGUUCGAAUCGAAGAAUUUUCGAGCGAAUUUACAGAAAAUUUCAUUCGGCUAUGAAAAAAUACUCGAUUUACUUCUAUUAGGCCAUUUUCUCCCAUUUUACUCCCCUUUUAAGCGACCCAGAAAAUGUUUCAUUUGCCAGGCCUACCCCCAGACGAAGGCCUACUACAUGCCGAUGUUGAUCGGAAGCGUCUCCGCCCUUCUGAUGCUCCUCGUCUUCUACACGUGCAAGAGCUUCUGCUCAGUCGCCCUCCGGUUUUUUUCUUCUUUUCAGAAAUUUAUUCCUCGUUUUCGAAGCAGUUUCUUGUAAGUCAAAAUAGCCGUAGGAGAAAAAAAAAUAACGGAUUUGUCGAAAAAAGGUCCUGACACGAUAAAAAAGAAGAGGUAUUGCCUGGUUUGCGGAGAGCGCAGACAGGCCACCUCCCAAGCUGUGAAUUAGCUAUACAGUCUGUUCAAAUUUUGAAUCAAUACAUCCCUCAAGCUCCGCCCCUAAUAAAGCAGUCAACCAAUCAGAGAGCGAGCUCUCCAGAGAGAUUUUUAAUGACGUCAUUGGCCUUAAAGUUAAAAAUAUAGCCUGGUGAGGUGGGAAAUAUCAAGUGCAAUGACAUCAUUCGAAAACGCUAUGGAUGGCUCGAUCUCUGAUUGGUUUAUGACGUCAUUAGGGGCGGAGCUUGAGCGACGAAUAGAAAUAGGCCAUUCCGCGCCAGCUUUUCACGACUUUUGUUUCCCUUCGAGCUAGAGAAUCAUUCCGUUCGAAGCGCGCGAGAUGUUUCUCUGUGUCAUUUAUUUGGCCUAAAAUUUCCGUUUUAUUAAAGGCACAGGCAGAGAUAAAUAUCGCGCGCUCCGAACGGAAGGGUUCUGUAGCUCAGAGGAAAACGAAAAUCGUGACAAGCUGGCGCGGAAUGGGCUAUAUUAAAAAUCUGAACAGACUAUAAACAGAUUGAAUGAAUUGAAUAAUUAUUUCUUUCCGACAAAUCAUAACGAAGAGAAUAUUUCCAGAAGACGUCGUAUGCGUCGCGUCGCCGCCUUCGAAAACGAACUUUUCGACGGCGUCACCAAGGAUCUCCUCAACAAGGGAAAGAACACUCCGCGCAUUCCCCAGCGCCCUUCCAACAGCGACGAGGACAUUUAA